UUCCCUUCGCUUCGUAUUUCUGUACCCUCAUGGCUUCAUUAUUUCAUUUCUCCAACAGACAAACUACCUAUUUGUUUUGAUUCAGCCCACGACGGACGGAGAGAUCAACCACCGACGGCGACACCAUCGAGAUGAAGUACUGGAAGCCGAGGUUGUCGAAGCAGAGCGACAAGUACGAGGUGAGGCUUAACCGCCUGAGGCUUGAAUUGGGGUUGUUCGGCGCCAGGGUGCGUGGCAAUGAGGCCAUGGCCAUUGAAAUUGCUGCCAAACCUGAUUCUUCUGGCUCAACCUCACGUUUUGCUCUUCCCUUUUUUCCCAAGUCUAAACGACGGUGCGUUUUCACCACCCGCCGCAGACCCAUCAGAAAAUCACCGGCGCUCUCGUGGGAGGGUCGCGACCUCCAAGAUUUUCAUGUCGUCCUCCAAGGUGACUCCGCUGUCUGCGACAUGGCGUUUCAUGUCUUAUAUGAAGAGGGCAAUGAAGGAAAAGCCGGAGCUAAAAUGGCGGUGGUCGGAAAAGUUUCGAUGGACUUGACGAUGGCGGAAUUGCUCGAUGAGGAACAGAGGAAGACGAAGUCCAAUUGUCAGCUUAGAAGAAAGCUUCCGAUCGAAUUGAGAAUCAAUGGUUUGGCCAUAGAAGCCACCCUUUCGGUUUCUGGGAGAUUUCUGAAGCUCAAUAGUUCUCACGGCUUGCGUAAAACCCCCGAAAAUUCGGUCUCCUUCAAGGAUAAACAAAACGAGAGGAAGAUUGAUGAACUGAGUCCAUAUGAUUCAGAAGACUAUCGGUGGUUCGACUCAGAUGACUCGUCCAAAUCAUCCACCAGUACAAGUACCACAAGCAGUGGGAGUAGCCUUGGCUUUUACGCCCCAGCAAGGUCAAACCCAAAGAACAAGUUAGAAACAGAUUAUUGUUUGGACAGAGUCCAAAGGAAUUUGUCAAACUUGUCCUGGAAUAAUAACCUCAAGGGAUUCAAUUCUGGAGCCACGACCACAAGGCACCGAGAGACUUUGACUACGAAACCAGGCGAAGAAUGGCAAAAGAAAGAACUGAUGAGCAGAGAUGGGAAAGCAAAGCUCAACACUAGCGUGUUCUUUGCUUCGUUUGAUCAACGAAGCGAACAAGCCUCCGGCGAGAGUGCUUGUGCAGCACUUGUAACUCUGGUAGCCCACUGGCUUCAUUCGAACAAAGACAUGCCAACAAGACCUGAAUUUGAUAGGCUCAUCACGGAAGGUUCCUCUGAAUGGAGAAGGCUUUGUGAAAAGGAUAAUGCCUGCUCGAAGCUCUUCCCAGACAACCACUUUGAUCUUGAGACUGUCAUAGAAGCCAAGCUGAGGCCUCUGUCUGUUGUUCCUGGGAAAUCAUAUACAGGAUUUUUCUCCCCUAACAAGUUUCGAUCCUUGAGGGGAGCUAUGUCAUUUGAUGAAAUUUGGUAUGAGAUAAGCAGAGAUGUGGUUGAUUACGAGCCAAGGAUCUAUAUUGUAAGUUGGAACGAUCAUUUCUUCGUGUUGAAGCUAGAAGCAGAUGCUUAUUACCUUAUAGACUCCUUGGGAGAAAGGCUUUUUGAAGGGUGCAAAGAGGCAUUCAUAUUGAAGUUCGAUGAUUCAAGCUUGAUGUAUGAAGAAGUAGAUAAAGCAGUGAGGAGUAAUAACAGCAGUUGCAGCAGCAGCAGCAGAAGCAGUCUCGUGAGUGAGAAGGAAAAGCUCAAGUUAGUUUGCAGUGGAAAAGAUUGCUGCAAGGAGUUCAUCAAACGCUUUCUUGCAGCCUUACCACUGAAGUAUUUAGAGGAAGAGGAAAAGAAAGGGUCGAUUUCUAGCCCCUAUCUUCACCGGCUCCUGCAGAUUGAGUUCCAUUAUAGUUCUGCAUUGUCCACGUCUUCUACAAUGACCUCUCUCUUUUCAAGUGGGGCUUUAGAAGCUGAACUGUGCCGGUAGGCCUUGGUUUUUUCAGUCCUACCAAAUGCAAAACGUCAAGCCUUUUGCCCUGGUGGCUAACUGCUCGUGUCCUAUGCCUCUUGAAGCAUGGAAAUGAAUGGAGCUACAAGGUUGUCGUGUUGGAAUAUUUGUCUCCUAAUUCCUAAAGCAUAAGAUUCCCCACUUUGUGUAGUAAGAUUGCCCAUUUGAAAACACAUAUCAGGAGACUCAGGCAUGUCUCCAUCUUUUUCUUGUAACAUGUGCGCCUUUGGAGCCAUUUGAUUUUGCCAAUUUGAAGAAGCAAUUUAUGCCCGAAAAUAUUUUGUAUAUAUUUGAAUUUUCCACCUCAUCUAA